AUGGUUCCGACGACCUGCAACCUGUGUCCAAGCAUAUCGUGGCGAGCUUUGAGUCUAUCUCCGCCUCCUGGUGAGGCCUUUGCGGACGUCAGGGAUUUUGGGGACUCCGGAAGUCCAUCGUCUGUGGAUGGUGAUGUAGGCGACGAUGUUGGAGUGCCUGCGGCUCCUGUGGGCCGUGUUGCAGCAGUGAUGGGUCGUGUACCGGGACUCAUCAUCCACGCCGCACCAAGACUCAUCAUCCACGCCGCACCAGGACUCAUCAUCCUCGCCGCACCAGGACUCAUCAUCCACGCCGUACCAAGACUCAUCAUCCACGCCGCACCAGGACUCAUCAUCCACGCCGCACCAGGACUCAUCAUCCACGCCGCACCAGGACUCAUCAUCCGCGCCGCACCAGGACUCAUCAUCCACGCCGCACCAGGACUCAUCAUCCACGCCGCACCGGGACUCAUCAUCCACGCCGCACCAGGACUCAUCAUCCACGCUGCAUCAGGUCUCAUCAUCCACGCCACGCCAGGACUCAUCAUCCGCGCCGCACCAGGACUCAUUAUCUGCGACGCAUCAGGACUCAUCAUCCACGCCGCACCAGGACUCAUCAUCCGCUACGCACCAGGACUCAUCAUCCGCGCCGCACCAGGACUCAUCAUCCACGCUGCAUCAUCAUCCACGCCGCACCAGGACUCAUCAUCUGCGACGCACCAGGACUCAUCAUCCACGCCGCACCAGGACUCAUCAUCCACGCCGCACCAGGACUCAUCAUCCACGCCGCACCAAGACUCAUCAUCCACGCCGCACCAGGACUCAUCAUCCUCGCCGCACCAGGACUCAUCAUCCACGCUGCAUCAGGUCUCAUCAUCCACGCCACGCCAGGACUCAUCAUCCGCGCCGCACCAGGACUCAUCAUCCACGCCGCACCAGGACUCAUCAUCCACGCCGCACCAGGACUCAUCAUCCUCGCCGCACCAGGACUCAUCAUCCGCGCUGCGCCAUAUUCAUCAUUAA